AUGUUAGCAACAACUUCACCAAACUCGUUAGUCAUGAACCCAACUUCAAUGUUAGUAGAAAUGAAAAACUUCAUUCCUUCUUCAUAUACUUUCGAAACAACAAUCCAGAAGAUAAAGCAAGAACUUCUCCAAGGAGAUUUAGAUUGCACUGCAAAAGAUGAAACAAAUGAAGAAUAUCUUUAUGAAAUGCAGGAUAUUAUUGACCAUCUACCUAAACUUCCUGAAAUCCAACAACAAAAGCUCACUAUUCCAGAAUUCGAUGAAAUAGAAGUCAAAGCAACUGACUCAGUUGAAAUUAAGAAGUUCAUACGUAAGGUAAACUAUGAGUUUCUUGGAUUUCAUUGCAACCACAAAGUCAUGGACAAAGACUGCGACAUGUUAUAUAAGAACAUCUCUGACAUAUAUAAAUCUGGGGAGUUUAAGACCUACGACAACUUUGUUUCGUUAGUUGCUGAAUGUGUAUGGCAGAUAAGAGAUGAAGAUAGAAGAGGUAAGGUAUGGAACCAACAGAUAAAACCCGCAACUUUUGAGUUAAAGAAAACCAUUGACGCCUUAGUUGUUUUAGCAGGUAAGGUUUCAGAAUAUAACGCAAAAAUGAACCCACAAU